AUGCCUUUGGAUUUGAAUGAAGUGCCGCUUAAUGUAAUAGAAGUGCCACGCACCAGCUUCCUAGCACGUAUACCCUUCCUCCGCAGUUUUCUACGCGCAGUACGCCCGAAUACGCAUGUCGGCCGCAAAUCGGAUUACCGCAGUGAGUUCGAUGAGAAUUUUAUCAAUUACCACAAUUCUCAGCUAUGGAAGGUGUUAUUUAAUGCAACGCGUAAGCGUGGCGGCAGCACGAAGCGCAUCGAAACUAUGCAGACUUUCGUGGAGAAGUUCGGAACUGAGGUGUGGAACAUCAAUCAAGACGGAGUUGACAUCUUAAUUGACUACAGAAAUACAGCAAAAGCCAAAGAGUUCAUAGCGAAAACUGAUUUCACCUACAAUAUUAUGAUCGACGAUAUCGAGACUGCGAUCGACGAGACUUAUACGGAAGUGAACAACAGCAAUGCAAAUAUGCCGUGGUUGGAUAGAGACAGUACGAUACUGAAUUGGAAUCGCUAUCAUGAUGUUGGCGCUAUACAACAAUUCCUGCAGCACAUUUUGGAAACCUACCCUGAUAUGGCGGAAAUUGUGCAAAUCGGUGUGACGCAUCAUAAGCGGCCACUGGAGGUGUUGCGCAUCUCCAAUGGCAACCCCAAGAAUUGGGCAAUUUUUAUCGAUGCCGGCAUGCAGGCACGCGAUUGGCUCAGUCCUGCCGCGCUCACCUGCGCCAUUUCGAAAUUAACCUGGUUGUGGGACCAAGAGCCGACUUACAUGCGCAACAUUGAUUGGUACUUCUUGCCUUUGGCAAAUCCCGAUGGUUAUCAAUAUUCGCGCAUCACCGAUCGUCUCUGGUCGAAGAAUCGACAUUUUGAUGGUAAAACUGGCUGUUAUGGCGUAAAUUUGAAUCGCAACUUUGAUUAUCAGUGGGGUGGUGCGGGCUCAUCGGAUAACCCGUGCAAGAAUUUAUAUCGAGGGCCAAAGCAAUUCUCCGAGCCAGAAACGAAAGCCAUACGAACCUUCGUGCACAACAUACACGAAUUUUUGGGUGCAUACGUCUCCUUCAACGCUUACGGGCAGGCAAUCACCUAUCCAUGGGGUGACGCAGACUUUGUGACGGACAAUCAACGGGAACUGCACAACGUGGCGCGACGUGCAAUGUUGAAUUUCCGCAAAUUGAAUGAAGCCGAGUACCGUGUGGGUACCAGCUAUCGACUGAAAUUGGCACGCGCUGGCAACUCGGCCGAUUGGGUGCAGCAGCGCAUCAAUCCACAAUACGUUUACGAUGUAUUUCUGAAGGACCAAGGGCGCUAUGGGUACUUGAUGCCACCGCAUUACAUUGUGGAAUCGGGUGAGGAGGCAUACGAAUUUAUGAAGACAAUAGCGGCGGCACUAAAUUGAAGCCAAGCCAAAAAGUGUAUGCCACGAAAAUCUCAUAAAAGGAAGGGAAUAGACAAAA